AUGGCUUAUCGCAACCGAAGCAAGGUAGUUCCGAAACAGCAGAACGCGUGGAAUGUGCCUGUACAACCGAUGCCAGAAUCCACGACCGGUGCUGGAAAGCCGAAACCCUCCAAAAAUGCCACACAAAACGGAUCAAAAGCCAUUACACCAGAUCACAAUGUGGCUGGUUCCAAGAUUCCACUGCCUACUACUGUAUCGUCCAGCAUGCUAAAGAAGUCACAGGAAAAGUUCAACCAUGUGCAGCGAAAGCACGCCGAAACGGCAUGGAUGUACGUUAGCGAAUACGUUUCGAGCGACGAAGAGGAGGAGCAAGAACACGUUGGUGAGAUUUUGGGUAACGUACUAAAAAAUUACCACGGAGUAUCGACAGAUCUGGGCAAAACGCAGGAGUAUCUGCAGAACCUGCUUGAAUCGAGAAACGCCGUAUGCCUCAUUUGCAUCGAUACGGUGAAACGAGUGGACAAGAUUUGGUCUUGCAAUUCCUGCUACACGUUCUUCCAUCUCAUGUGCAUUCAGCGCUGGGCUAAUGAUAGCAUGUCCAUGAAGCGCAUGAACCAUGAACAGCAGGAGGGCUACUACAACAACCGCGGUGAAUACAUCCCAAAGCCGGCCCUUUCUGUGGUUUGGGAUUGCCCGAAGUGCCGACGGGAGUACCAGCCGGAGGAAAUUCCACGCCAUUACGAGUGUUUCUGCGAGAAAGUGCGAGAACCGGAAGCGCAUCCUUGGCUGAUCCCACAUUCGUGUGGUGAUCAGUGUUUAAAAGGACUAAUCCCCCAAUGUGGUCACACUUGUCGGUUGUUGUGCCAUCCAGGGCCCUGUCCUCCAUGCCCACAAAUGAUAAGCAUUUCGUGUCGCUGCGGCAGUUCACCGGUGAAAAUGAUCCGCUGUUCACUGAAAUCUUGGAAUUGCGCCAAAAAGUGUACCCGUAAGCUGAGCUGUGGUAUACACGACUGUGGUAAACAAUGCCACGAUGUCGGUCAGUGUCCACCUUGUACGAGCCGCAGCAAGCAGUCGUGCCUUUGCGGAGCGCAGUGCAAGGAAGUGGACUGCCACGAAUCACGCUGGCAAUGCGAUACAGUGUGCGGUAAAUCGUUCCCGUGUGGUUUGCAUAGUUGCGAACGCGUCUGCCAUACUGGACCAUGUGGAGAUUGUCCGCUCGGACUGCCCCGAUCGUGUCCGUGCGGGAAAACGGAAGCCCGCAUCGCAUCUUGCAAGGAGCGGAUCGGAACGUGCGGUGACACGUGCGAGAAGCUCCUCGCCUGCAACCAACACAAAUGUCCCGAGAGGUGUCACCAGGGCCCGUGCGGUAAUUGCCUGGAACUCGUACCGAAGGUGUGCCGGUGCGGCUCGACGAAGAAGGAAGUCGUCUGUCACCGAGAGGCGAUCUGCGAAAGCAAAUGCAAGCGAAUGCGCACCUGCGGAAAGCACCCGUGUAAUCGCAAGUGCUGCAAUGGACAAUGCCAACCAUGUGAUCGGAUCUGCGGAAAGACACUGUCCUGCGGGAAGCACAAAUGCAGCUCGUUGUGCCACCAGGGGCGGUGCUAUCCGUGUAACCAAAAAUCAACCAUCAAGUGCCGGUGCGGUGGCACAGUAGUGGAAGUAGCCUGCGGACGUGAGCGGAAAAUAACCACUCCAAAAUGUAACCUUCCAUGCCGCGUGGCUUCCAAAUGUCAUCAUCAGAAUUCGCACACCUGCCAUGCUGGCGAUUGUCCUCCGUGUACGCAACCGUGCGGGCAACCGAACGACACGACCAACUGUGAGCAUGAGUGUCGGGCCAAGUGCCACGCUGCCAUGCGAGUUGUGACGCGAGAGAAAAACUUUAAACCCGUUGGUCCUUGGGACGUGCCGAAGGAGAUCGUCGAGGUGAAAGCACUGCCACAUCCGCCCUGCUCCGUGAAGGUUCCGGUGAUGUGCCUGGGUGGGCACGAAACGGCGGAUUUCCCCUGUUCUAACUCCAAACCCUCGUCGUGUGGUAGACCAUGCGGUCGGUUGCUGAAGUGCGGCAUGCAUCGCUGUCCGUUGCUUUGCCACAAGGUGACGCAUCGGGCCAGCACGACACAGGAUUCUCGGUGCGAGCCCUGUUCGGCCGGUUGCGAGAUACCCCGUCCGGCAGGAUGCACUCAUUCUUGUGCUCGGCGUUGCCACGAACCUCCAUGUAGUCUGUGUCUGGUGUCGAUCAAGUCAAGCUGCUAUUGUGGACUGACGCAGGUGUUUUACAAAUGUCACGAGUUCUAUCCAGCUGAGCUGAAUGAGGAGGACAAGGAUGCAAUGGAGGAACUCGAGCGUCGUCGUACGUCCUUUCUUAGUUGUGGCCAGAAGUGCAUCAAAAACUUUCCUUGCGGUCAUCGGUGCACUGCUAUUUGUCACCCUGGAAACUGUCCUAAUCCAGAGCUUUGCUCAAAGAAGGUGAAGAUUGUUUGUAAAUGCGGCAACCGGAAGGCGGAAGUCAGUUGCAAAACAGCGCGAAACAAUUCUUCUCUCGAGUGUGACCAGCAGUGUGAGGCCACAAAAGUCCAGAAGCAAGAGGAACAGGAUCGCAAGGAGCAGGAAGUUCGCGCCCAGCAGGAACUUGAAAACCAACGGGAGCUUGAAGAGUACGAGCGUAAGUUUAAUCGGCGAAAACAUCGUGAGCGUAAACGCCAGCACGUGCAGCAGGAAGAGACGGGACGGCACUGGGCAGUAUAUGCUCUGCCAAUUGUGGCUGUGUUGCUAGCAGUAGUGCUAUACCUUCUCUUUAUGAAAUAAAUUGUUUGAGUUUGAGGUUUCGUUCCUUGUUGUGAUUUGUUUUG